AUGCCUUUGCCCUUCCUUCGCAAACAAAUGAAUAAGGAAGAUGUGCAUCUCAGCAAGUCCUUAAGUUGGUUACUGCGGCACGGUGCCAUCAAAGAAGGUCUUGCAUUGAGCCAUGAAGGCUAUUUGCCUGUUGAGGAACUAUUACAGCACAAAAUAUUCAAAGGAAAAUAUGUUAUAGCUGACAUUGAAAGAGUAGUAGCUAAUAAUGACAAGCAGAGAUUCAAAUUGAGAUGGAAUACUGAUAAGAACAUUUUGGAGAUAAAAGCAAACCAGGGUCACACAAUCAAAGUUGAUGAUACAGACCUUGUCCCUAUCUUAGAACCCAAAUACAAGACCGUAGUCCACGGGACAUAUUUCCGGUGUUGGCCGAAGAUUAAAGUAGAAGGCCUAAGUCGCAUGAGAAGACGCCAUAUACAUCUAUCGAAGGGGAUACUGGGGUCCAACGUUACCAGCGGCCCGCGUAGCAACGUGCAAAUAUACAUAUUUAUUGACCUCGCGAAGGCACUAGCAGGAGGCCUCAAAUUUUACGAGUCCGAGAAUGGCGUAAUACUAACCGCGGGAAAUGAACAAGGUCUCUUGAGUCCCAUCUAUUUUGAGAAAGUAGUAGACGCACAAACAGGAGAGCUUCUUAUCUGUCCGAACAAAAUCCACAUAUCAGGGUAUCCGUCAUACACCCAGCCGCAGGACAUCGAGCAGGCGUUUUCCCAGUACGGGAAUCUCACUUUGGACAGGGUGACGGAGAAAUUCGCCACCCUCAGCUUCAAGAAUGCGGAGCAAGCUAAGGCGGCGCUGCAGGAUCGGGUCAUACUGUACGGCGAAUUCCUCACCGUGAAGCCGUUCACUAACAGACCGGGCAACUCCAACACCAACAGUCCCAGGAAGGAGAGGAGAGGCAAGAAGAAAGAUAUAAAAUGUGAAGAUGCAACACUGAAUGACAUUAUUCAGCCGCAAAACAUAGAUCUCUCCGGCACGUUCGACCAACAGCUGUCCAACAUUAUAAAUGCGGUGCGUCUGACUCAGGAGGAGGUCUCCGCUCGCUGUCAGGUCUAUUACGACCUGGAGAUGGCUCUGAGGCAGCAGUGGCCAGGCUGCAAGGCGGUGCCGUACGGCUCGAUCACCACCGGCCUCGCGAUGAAGUGCAGCGACGCGGACUGCUUCGUCAGCGUGCCGCGCGAGGGCCGCCCCCCGGCCCACAGCGCCGUGCGCAGGGCCAAGGCGGCGCUACUCGCCCGCCCGCGCACCUUCGGCGAGCUGGUGGCCAUCCCGCGCGCCAGCACGCCGCUGCUGAAGCUGCGCCACCUGCCCACGGGCACGCGCUGCGACGUCACCUUCAAGACGAUCCUCGGCUCGCAGAACAGCAAGCUGGUCUCGUGCCUGCUGCACACGGACCCCAGGCUCGUGCCGGUUGCGGUCGCCGAUCAAACGCGCCCGAGGCCGCUCCUGCCCUCGGUGCGGUGGCUCCAGAAGGACCCCGUCCACGAGUUCAUAGUCGACUUCUGGAACGCGGGCUUCCGCGCCGACCUCGGAUGGACGCCCCCGUCCGCGGACGCCGCGCCCGUGUGGGACCUGCUCGGUGGGUUCUUCGAGUUCUACGCGAACUUCGCGUUCGACGAGCUGAUCGUCUGCCCCUACGUCGGGUAUCCGGUGAGGAAGCAGGCCUUCGCGGACGCGGAACACGUUCCGAGCGAGUUCGAACGCUACAAGUUCAACGUGGACCGCGAGCACGUCCCGCCGCUGAGGUGCGACACGCCUCUCUGCAUCCAGGACCCCAUCGAGCAGAGCCACAACGUCGCCUCGUCCGUAUCGAGCAAGAUCGCCCAGAACAUCCUGGAGUUCUUCAAGUUCGCCGCGGCCGCUUACGCGCGAGAGAGGGCCACCGGCUGCAAGGACUUUCUCAAAGCGCUCCUGCUGACGAGACCGAAAAUACUUCGGCCGAGGGCCGUCACCGAGUACAGAAUCGUCCUGACCGCCAGGGAGCUGGAAGCCAUCGAGAAGCCCGAGUGGAAAGCCGUCGUCAAGGACAUAGUACUCGUCAUCUUCAAGGACAUGCUGCGGAUCGACCUGCAGAACAUGGUGGAGAAGACCACCGAAUCGCAAAAGGAGAGGACGACGUACGACGCGCGUCUGACCAAAGCGCUGUGGAAGAGGAACCGGUUCUCCCUACUCUACAACGCGCUGGCCCUGGACCUGGUGGAGAGGCAGAAGCGGAUAACGGAGGAGAUCCUGAAGGCGGAAAAGCACGCGUGCAAGCUCUCGUUCCGUCUGGUGCUGACGGUGACGAGCGAGCCGCGGAAGGUGGCGAUCUCGCUGAACAUGAGCGACGGCGAGCCCAACCAGUUCAGGGAGUUCGGCAAGUUCUUCAGCGGCGUGAUACUCACGUGGGUGAAGGCGCUGCUGAUGCCGCACCUGAAGGCGUCGGCGGCGAACGCGCCGGUCAACGUAAAGGAUACCAUAAAGAUAAUCGACAGCAACCUGGACUCGAGCAGCGACAGCGACGAUUCCGUCUCAGUCGAGCCCAGAAAGGACCCCCGCGCGGGGAACGGUGCAGCCCCAAAACCCACC